GUCCCACUGGAGGCGGAGACUGGACGAGCCUGUUAAGCAGGAAAAAGCAUGUCAACUUUCAGUUUCAGUCUUCUUCUAACUGUCUCCGUCUCCUUACAUCACCUCUCACUGUUAUUAAGCGAGCAUGCUCAGGGUUUAAACGGAGUUACUGGGCAUGUUUAAGAACAGGAAUAGAGUGUUUUUCCAUUCGUUUUGGACCGUGUAUAAUUAGCUGAGAGACCAUGGGACCGUCUGUCAUGUCCAUGUUUGUGGCCGGCUGGGUGUGUGUUUCGCUGGCUGCUGAGUCAGAAGACCCCGGUGCUCCGCUCUACAUGAAGGUGGGCGAUGACGUCAUCCUCAAGCCGAGUCCUACCUCUGGGCCCAUCACCAGGAUCGAGUGGAAAUAUAAUAAAAACUUAGCUGCUUUUUGGAUUGGAAUCGGGGAGGAAUUUGAUAUUUUUGUACCAGGCCACCUGAACCUCUCCACUGGAGCGCUGACAAUCACAGGCCUGCGGAGAAACGACACAGGAUCGUACUCUGCAGAGAUCAGCGGAAAGAAGGCGGGGGUCACGCAGCUCAUCGUCCUCUCUCCCGUCCCCAAACCCACUGUUGAAAAAGAAUGUGACUUAGGGGGAAACACCUGCGAUUUGACCUGCGAUGGGAACACGGCAGGCGCUGAGCCGGUCAUCUACAAGUGGAAUUUUGGGCACACAGAGAAGAGGACACAAGUGAAAAAGAACGACACUGACAGAUUCAGUGAGUUCAUCUGUGAGGUGCAGAAUCCAGUCAGUAAUGAGAGCAGCCAACCCGUCCAAAACCCGAUGUUGAAACUUCCAGAUCCUGAAGCUGGCUGGAUGGAAAACCUAAAUAUUCAGAAAGGAGUAAUAGUCUUCGUCUGUCUGCUGUUUGUUGUGCUGCUGCUGCUGGUCGCGCACAGGAUGAAAGCAGGGAUGUGGUUCUUCCAAAAAGAGUCCCUGCCAUGGGAAGCAGACUUCUGGAGGAAGCAGGAGAGUCCACCAAGAGCUGCUGCAGAAUAUAACGGCACCACCUCUCAAAUGACAGACGAGGAAACGCCGAUGACAUAAGCAGCCGAACAACGCCGGGUCAGGACCUGUGAGGUGUAAGAUGAUCCAAGAGGCGGCACACUCUCCAACACACAUAUUGAAAAUUGUAUUCCCAUAUAUUAAGAGAUAUGAAGUGAACAUUUUUUAUGUACCGAUUUCAUGUAAAACACUUUUUAAGAGAGAAGAGAACAAGAAAUGACUCUAAGUCACAUGUUUGAAAACUGCUUUUAAAAGACACUAAGAAGGGGCAGAGAGAGAUAGGCCAGAAUGAGAUAAAAAGUACUUGAAGGUAGUCUCAUAUAUUUCCCCCAAGCUCUGUUACAUUUUCCUAAAGAGGCAACAACAGGCCUGACACUUGAGACAAUACCAGGAAACCCUCUUUUCCUGUCCGUACCUGGUACCUCGAGCUCAUUAAACCCCCUCCCAGCGGAGGAGGAUUUGUGAUUUGCAGCACGUCUGGUGUUGAAUCCUGCAGCCUGGACCUGUGUGGGGAGGAACUGGGCUGACAACAGAGGGGAGAGAGAAAAAGGGACGCCAUUGUGCAGCGUGGGCCGCCAACCUCGGCCAACAAUCAGCGCAUUGUGCCGGAGCUCACUGCAGAGUCCUCGGCAGCAGAUUCAUGUGUGUUUGUAGCGAGUAUUUAAACUUUGUGAAUGUUUUUACGCUCAAAGAAGGUCAAUCAGUUAUUACCUUUGUUUUUGUUUUUCACUCUACAUCAUGGAUUGUUUUUUUGUAUUCUGCUUGAAGCUCGAAACCCUAAAGGAGAAAAUGGAAAUGUCUUUUAAAAUUUCUUUUUACAGAAACAACAGUAAGAGUAAAGGAUCUUUACUCUUACUGUUGUUUCUGUCUUUGUAGUUUUAAAAAAACAUACUGACAACUACUUGAAGGCUUUUUGUUACACUCCUAUAUUUAAAGUAACAAACUUGUUUUUAGCAGUUGUAGACGUGCCAAUGUAUUCACACGUCUUUAAACAAAGGGACCUUACAUAUACUCACUCUGUUUGGGAACUCAUUGAGACAGAGAAAGAGUAGGAAUAUACAUUUCAUUUGUUGGAGGUGACUUUUUCAUGUGCUGAGUUGAAUUAAAAACAAACAGAAUAUCAA